AACAUUCGCAAGCCUCCGCCAGGUGCAACUGGAUCCUGCCCUUUGAACCCGACUCCAUUCAGCCAUCCAUCAACCAUCGAUGCCGGAUUGUAUCUUAUCCUAUGCAGUCUCAAUUACGUCCCCAUUGCCGGGUCAGCCGAGUCGCGACUAAGUUAUCAAAUUGGCGAUCCUGAACCCGACAACAACACAGAAGAACUCUCGACCCGACAGACAGCCUCGCACGCCUCGAGGUCCUGCCCCAUGUUGCGGCUUGAACCAGCCGCGCGAUCUUACUGAAAGCACUUGCCAGGGCCCUUACCACAAAGCCUGGUUGCGUAUCGCCAGAUUUCUCGCCAGAGGGGCAGCUGAAAGGUGGAACCACUCUUCCAGAGUUAUCGCGACGACUUCGGAACGAUGGCGAGCAUCGAUCGAUACAGGCCUGCCCGGGAGGGCUAUCAACCGCCAUCGUUACCGCCGAAGCCUCCUCCGCCGGCCGAGCGGCUCUCGAGAUCUCCCACCCGCCGAAUCGCCGUCCCUCCGGCCGUGCCGUCGCCGCCAGUCCAGACGUCGCGGAACUCGCCACCACACCCUACGUCGUCCAAACGCGUAGUGCCCGUCUCUCCCGCCAACGCGGCAGCAACAGUAACGCCGCCCCCCAAACCCAAGACUAGCCAAUGGUUCUUCACUGCGAAUGAGAUCCUCGCCACGCAAAGCAUAAUUGACGGCUUGCGCCCGGUGGAGGAGCGUGUGAGGAGAGCCAAGGGUGUCAGCUUCAUCUACCAGGCUGGAGUCCUUCUUGAGCUCCCACAGAUCACUUUGUGGGUUGCUGCUGUCUUUUUCCAUAGGUUCUUCAUGAGGGUCAGCCUGGUGGAGGAAAAGAAUGGCGUACAUCAUUAUAACAUUGCUGCAACCGCACUGUUUUUGGCGAACAAGACCCAAGAGGAUUGCCGCAAGACGAAGGACCUGAUCAUCUCGGUCGCCCGUGUGGCUCAAAAGAACACAAGCCUGAUCAUCGAUGAGCAGAGCAAGGAGUACUGGCGUUGGCGAGAUAGCAUUCUGAUGCACGAGGAGAUCAUGCUGGAGAUCCUCACUUUCGACCUCAUGGUUGAUAUUCCCUACCAGCCCUUGUUUGAAUACCUCAAGCGGCUGGGUCUUCACCAUAACAAGCGGCUUCGGGAUGCGGCUUGGGCCUACAUUAACGACUCCUGUUUCAGCAUGCUACCGCUGCUGAUGUCGGCGGCCGACAUUGCCGCAAGCGCCGUGUUCUUCGCCAGCGUUUCCACUCACGAGAAGAUCAACGAUGUCCAGGGCGAGCCUUGGUGGCGCCAUCUCAAGGCCGACGAGACGCGCAUCGCAAAGGCAAUAGAUGUCAUCGUCGAGUUCUACAACGAGAACCCUCUCGGCAAGAAGGACCCAAGGUACCAAAGCUCCCCCGAGUUCUCGCUCGAGAGCACCCGGCGCAGGAGCGUCGACGCCCUCCUGAGCCAGCCUGGGGCCGGCUCGAGCCACAAUGACACGCCACUGGGCACAGACCGGGGCACCCAGAGCCCCAGCGCCCGCGCCGCCACCAGCAACCGCGCAAACGACGACCACGACCGAGACAGCAAUAGCAACGGCAACGCCAAUGACCCCGGUGCCGCUAGCGCGAACACGGUUAGGGAAUCUGCCGGCGGGGCAACUUUACCCCCGUCGGAUGCCGAGUCGCAGUCCCUGUCUGCAAGACCAAACGGCUCUGGCCUCAUCUCUCCAGGCAUAAAGCGCGGGCCCGGACAGGAGCCGGACGCUGAGAGGGCUGCUAAGAAGCCGCGCCUUGCAGACGAGGACGAGGGCGAAGUUCCGGAGUCAUGACUUUGAGCAUCGCCCUAUGAAGAGGUGCUGGCGAGGUCGUUUGGUUCCCCCAUCUCGGCCCAGGGAACGAGCUUCAUGGGUAAGGAGGGACAGAUAUCUUUUUAUUGUUCAACAGGUCGAGGUCAUUGGGAGGUUUCAUUUGGGAGGUUCCACAAACGGCGCUCGGCCAGGAAUGCGAGGCGCAUCUACUAAUUCCUUCCCGCCUAUCGUUCUCACCACUGCUGGCGUUCGGUCCCUGUUUCAACAUUAUUUCCCAUUUCUUUCGAUAACCCUUCCUGUUUUUGUUAUCCAUGGGAAGGUCUGGCCGAUACAUCAGGAUUUCAUUCGGCGCUGUACAGUUAAUGAAGCAAUCAGAUGCACAAUCCAAUACGCUCCACAGCCAACAGCGCUGUUGCCCGCGA